AUCCAGCCUCUCUUACGGCCCGGAGCCAUGGAGUUUUACAAAUCAUGAAUCGCCCGGCACAAUGGGUUGUCAUCCUCACACUUCUGACCUCUUGGUCAAUAGCAGGUGUUGUCAUGUUCGACUUUGUCAGUGACGAUCAGAUUGCAAGCAUCCAGGAUUUUGGUUCUGACCCAGUGCUAGCAGUGAACAAGGCCAUUGAAGGCAUUGAAAACAAGAUAUACCACAUGAAUGAUAUGUUUAAUGAUGCUCAUGAGUACAUCACAGAAAUAGUAUUCAAUCCGAAGAAAGCUAUUCAUUUAGCGGCUGAUUCAUCUGUUUCUUAUCUGACAGGAAUAUUUAGUUCCGAUGGAGAUACAGUUAUCACUGAAACAGUGAAAUAUAGUGGCACUGUAUUGGAUGAGGUUACAGAAUGGAUCAGAUCGCCAGUGGGCUACUUAUUCCACUUAUUUGAAGACAUCCUGGAUAUAUUGCUUGCUCCAGUGGAUAUGGUCAGUCGAGCUGUUGUGCAAAUUUUAAGUUGGAUCAAGACCAUUACACAUUAUCUUUCAACCAUGUUUGGGGGCACUGAAGGGGAUACAGGCAUCCCUGAAACAGUGAAACUUGGUGGCACUGUAUUAGAUGAGGUUACAGAAUGGAUCAGAUCCCCAGUGGACUACUUAUUCCACUUUUUUGAAGACGUCUUGGAUGUAGUGAUCAUUUAUCCAACAGACAUGGCGAGUGAAGCAGUUCUGCAAGUUUUAAGUUGGAUCAGGACCAUUUUUUCAACCAUAUUCGGAAACCUUGAAGUGCACCUUUUCAAUAUUUCAGCUUGGUUUCCCAAAAUGAGCACUGAUCCCACGGAACUGGCUGGAAUUGUUGUAGAGGAGGCCACAGACCUAAAGACUACUGUCUCUAAUUACCUCUCCAGUCUCUUAGCUGGGGACGAAGGUGGUAUUUCUGACAUUAGCUUUGAUCCCAUGAAAGUUGUCACAGACACUGUUGAGGAGUUUACUGACAGGAGGGAUAUGUUGCUGGCCUACCUCUCAAACAUGCUCAUGGAAGACAAAGAUGAAACACCACAAGUAAUAAGACGAAAAGGAGAAUUUCUGCCACCUAUGGAAAAAGUUGCAGAAAUACUAGGCAAAAAACAGGACCCUACCUAUGCUGCCUACAUUGCUAUGAGAUCCGCAGUGAAGGAGACGGACAGCACUAAACAGGAAAUAAAAGAGGUUGAGGAGGAACAUGGUGAGGUGGAAGCUGCUGAAGAUAAAACUGAAAAAGCUCAAGCUAUCUUGGACGUUACCGAGGAGGAAGAAACGGCUGUGGACCACACUGAUAUCACAGUAGAACUCGCUGAAAUGUCCUCCGAUGUCACGGAGGAGGGAAAAACUACCGGAACAGUUGAAGAUAUUGCAGAUGUUACAGACGAGAAACCUUCUUAUAUGCCCGAUGUCAUAGAUGAGGAAACACAAUCGGAAAAGAUUGAAGAUUUUUCUGAUUUUGCUGCGGAUGAAUCAACCGAAAUAACCUCUGAUGCUUUAGAUGUGAAGGACAGUGACGAUAUUUCAGAUGUUGUUACAGAGGAGGAAGAAGUUACUGAAAUGGUUGAAGAUAUUGCAGAUGUUACAGAGGUGGAACCUUCUGAUAUGCCAGAUGUCAUAGAUGAGGAAACAGCAACUGAAAAGAUUGAAGAUAUCUCUGAUUUUGCAGAGGAUGAAUCAACUGAAAUUAGCUCUGAUGCUACAGAUGUGAAAGACCUUGAUGAUACCUCAGAUGUGAAAGACCUUGACCAUACCUCAGAUGUGAAAGACCUUGAUGAUACCUCAGAUGUGAAAGACCUUGACCAUACCUCAGGUGUUACAGAUGUGAAAGACCUUGAUGAGACCUCAGAUGUUACAGAUGUGAAAGACCUUGAUGAUACCUCAGGUGUUACAGAUGUGAAAGACCUUGAUGAUACCUCAGAUGUUACAGAUGUGAAAGACCUUGAUGAUACCUCAGAUGUUGUUACAGUGGAGGAAGAAUUUACUGAAACAGUUGAAGAUAUUGGAGAUGUUACAGAGGUGGAACCUUCUGAUAUCCCAGAUGUCAUAGAUGAGGAAACAGCAACUGAAAAGAUUAAAGAUACCUCUGAUUUUGCAGAGGAUGAAUCAACUGAAAUAACCUCUGAUGCUACAAAUGUGACAAAAGACAUUGAUGAUUCCUCAGAUAAUGCAGUUGCAGAGGAGAAAGAAACCACUAAAGAACCAGCAAUCAAAAUAGCAGAAGAUUGUUCCGAUGUUACAAACAAAAUUGAAUCAGAUAAUACAGAUGACAAGGAAGUUUAUGAUGUCCCCAGUGUUACAGAGGAGGAUGAAGAACCUGAAAUGGUUAAAGAUACUUCUGAUCUCAUAGAUGAGGAAGAAGAACCUGAAACAGUUGAAGAAAUCAUCAUUAUCACAGAUGAAAAAGAGGCACAAGAAGAUCAGCCACCUGAAUUGGCUGAAGCUACUCCAGAUACCAUAAGUUUGAAGGAAAAUGAGGAAACGGCAGAACUUGAUGAUCAUGACAAAGUCAAAAGUAAGGUUGGUUUAGAAGUGGAAGCCAAGGAGGAUGAUGCUGAAAAGAGUACAAAGGACCUAGAGAAUGAGGUAGAUAAAGAUGAGGUUGAGGUUUUAAAGGAGGAGAUUGAAGAGUCUGAUCAAACGAUCACUGCUGGUGAAGAUGACCAUGAUGACGAAGAGGAGCUUGUCCUUCUUACUGUCCAACACGAUGUCACUAGCAGAGAUGAUGAAAAUAACAAUAACAAUGACAGGAAGAGAGAUGUCAUCAAAAGAGAAAAACCUGAAAGUCAUUCCAUUGCAACAGACGACCAAGAAGCACACAAGGAUCUUCAUGAAGAGUCUGACAAAGUUCUUGAACAAGUGAAAGAAGCCAAAGAGAAAAAAGCUAGAGAGGAGAUAUACAAAAUCAUUCAAGAUUUGAGGGAAAAGAAGGGUGAAGAGGAAGAGAUAACACUACAACAAAUAAACAUAACAGUAGAAAAAGUCAGGAAAAAAGAAAAAGGACAUGACAAAAAGGAGAUAGAAAAGGUUAAAAGAAAACAAAAAUCCAAAGUGGACAAGACUCAAGAACCAACGGAAAAGGACAUCAAGAAAAAACUUGACACAAAGGUCAAGGUGACUAAAGUGGACGAGGAACCCCCUCUAAAAAAGAAAAAAUCGGGACCUGAGAAAAAGGUUAAAGUAGCUAAGAAAGAUGAUGUUACUAAGAAGAUGGCCAAAACCAAAGAUGUUGAGAUUGCCAAGGACAAAACCAAAGCAGUCACUGUAAAGAAAGAAGCUGAAGUGGCCAAAAAAGAGACCAAAUCAGCACCAUCUAAGAAAGAGGUUGUUGUUUCUAAACAACAGGAUGAAGCAGCGCCUGUAAAGAAAGAGACUAAAGUCACAAAAGAAAAGGCCAAAACAGCUCAUUCAAAGAAAGAGGCUGAAGUUGUAAAGGAGAAACCUAAAUCACAUCCUGGAAAGAAAGAUAUCAAGGAAAAGGCAAAAGCAGCUCCCAAAGAAAAAGUUGCUGAGGCUGUCAAGGAAAAAGCUAAGCCAGUAAACAAAGAACCUAAGGUUACUAAAGAAACUGUCAAGCCCGCACCUUCAAAGAAAGCUACAGUUCCAAAGGAAAAAGCUAAACCUGUGAAGAAAGCUGAAAUCAAAGAAAAAACACCAGCACCUGUUAAAAAAGAAGCUGGCGUUGCUGUAGAAAAAGUAAAACCAGCUCCCAAAAAGAAAGAUACUGCAGAAGUGAAAGAAAAAGCAAUACCAGCUCAGGUUAAAAAAGCAGCUGAAGAGAAAGAAAAACCUGUCCUUAUGAAAAAAGGUGCUGAAAAAAUUGAAGACAAAGCAAAACCAGCACCAGAAAAGAAAGAGGCAAAAGCUCCCAAGGACAAAACCAAACCGGACCUUUUGAAGAAAGAGCCUGUUGUUUCUAAGGAGAAAGAAAAGCCGCCAACUGCCAAGAAAAAGCCUGCAGUUGGAGAUGAGAAAGUCAAACCGGUACCUUCAAAGAAAGAGCCUGAGGUUUCCAAAGAAAAAUCUAUGCCAGAGCCUUCAAAGAAAGAGGUUGAAGCUGUUAAAGAGAAGGUAAAACCAACACCUGCUAAAAAAGAAGAUGAAUUUGUCAAAGAGAAGGAAAAAGCAGCUCCUGUAAAGAAAGAGUCUGAAAUUAUUAAAGAGAAGAAGAAACCUCCAAAGAAAGAAGCUGUAAAAGAAAGACCCCAACCUGCUUCUGUAAAGAAAGAAUCUAAAGUUCCAAAAGAGAAAGCAAAACCUAAACCUUCCAAAAAAGAGGCAGAAGUUGUCAAGGACAAACGUAAACCUGUUACUGUGAAGAAAGCGGAUAAAGUCAACAAGGAGAAAGCUAAACCAGCCCCUGAGAAAAAAGAGUCUAAAGUCAUGAAGGAGAAAGCUAAACCAGUUCCUGUAAAGAAAGAGGCUGAAGUCAUCAAAGAGGUUAAACCAGCCCCUGAGAAGAAAGAGGCUGAAGUCAUUAAGGAGAAAACAACUCCUGUAAAGAAAGAGACCGAAGUUACUAAAGAAAAGGCACCAAAACCCAAAAGAGAGCCUGAUGUUUUCAAAGAGAAACCAGCACCUCCAAAGAAAGUCGAGGUUCUGAAGGAAAAAACAGUUCCUGAAAAGGAAGCACCUGAAAUAACCAAAGAAAAACCAAAGCCAGCACCAAAGAAAGAGGCUGAAGUCAUCAAGGAGAAAGCUAAACCAGCCACUGAGAAGAAAGAUGCUGAAAUCAUUAAGAAGAAAACUAAACCAGCCCCUGAGAAGAAAGAGGCUGAAGUCAUCAAGGAGAAGCUUAAAGCAGCUCCUGUAAAGAAAGAGUCUGAAGCUGCUAAAGAAAAGGUACCUGAACCAAAACCAGAACCCACUAGGAAAGUUGAGGUUCUAAAGGAAAAGGAAAAAACAGUCCCGGAAAAGAAAGCAGCACCGGAAAUAACCAAAGAAAAACUUAAGCCUGUACCAAAGAAGGAGGCUGAACUCAUUAAAGAGAAAGCUAAACCAGCCCCUGGGAAGAAAGAGGCUGAAGUCAUCAAGGAAAAAGUUAAACCAACCCCUGAGAAAAAAGAGGUUGAAGUCAAGGAGAAAGCAAAACCAGCUCCUGCAAAGAAAGAAGCUGAGGUCAUUAAAGAAAAAUCCAAACCAGCCCCUGAGAAGAAAGAGGCUGAAGUCCUAAAGGAGAAAGCAAAACCAGCUCCUGUAAAGAAAGAGGCUGAAGUCAUCAAGGAGAAAACAGCUCCUGUAAAGAAAGAGGCUGAAGUCGUCAAAGAUAAAGCUAAACCAGCCCUUGAGAAGAAAGAGGCUGAAGUUGUUAAGGAGAAAGCUAAGCCACCCCCUGAGAAGAAAGAGGCUGAAGUCAUCAAGGAGAAAGUUAAACCAGUUCCUGUGAAGAAAGAGCCUGAAGUUGCCAAAGAAAAGGCUCCUGAACCAAAACCCAAAAAAGAGCCCGAAGUUACUAAAGAGAAAGCUAAACCAGUCCCUGAGAAGAAAGAGGCUGAAGUCAUCAAGGAAAAAGUUAAACCAGCUCCUGCAAAGAAAGAGCCUGAAAUUUCUAAAGAAAAGGCACCCGAAACAACAAAGAAAGUCGAGGUUGCAAAAGAAAAGGCGAAACCAGUCCCUGAAAUAAAAGAACCUGAGAUAAUUAAAGAAAAACCCAAGCCAACACCAAAGAAAGAGGCUGAAGUCAUCAAGGAGAAAGCUAAACCAGCCCCUGAGAAGAAAGAGGCUGAAGUCAAGGAAAAAGCUAAACCAGCCACUGAGAAGAAAGAGGCUGCAAUCAUCAAGGAGAAAGUUAAACCAGCUCCUAUAAAGAAAGAGCCUGAAGCUGUCAAAGAAAAAGCUAAACCAGCCCCUAAGUUGAAAGAGGUUGAAGUCAUCAAGGAAAAAGCCAAACCAGCCCCUAAGAAAAAAGAGGCUGAAGUCAUAAAGGAGAAAGUUAAACCAGCUCCUGUAAUAAAAGAGCCGAAGGUUCCUAAAGAAAAGGCACCUGAACCUGCAAAGAGAGUUGAAGUUCCAAAGGAAAAGACAAAACUAGUCUCUAAAGAAAAAGUACCUGAUCAAAUUAAAGACAAACCAAAGCCAGCACCAAAGAAAGAAGCUGAAGCCAUCAAAGAAAAAGUAAAAUCAGCUCUUGUGAAAAAAGAGGCUGAAGUUAAAGUGAAAGUUAAACCAGCCUCUGAGAAGAAAGAGGCUGAAGUCAUCAAGGAGAAAGUUAAACCAGCUCCUGCAAAGAAAGAGCCUGAAAUUUCUAAAGAAAAGGCACCCGAAACAACAAAGAAAGUCGAGGUUGCAAAAGAAAAGGCGAAACCAGUCCCUGAAAUAAAAGAACCUGAGAUAAUUAAAGAAAAACCCAAGCCAACACCAAAGAAAGAGGCUGAAGUCAUCAAGGAGAAAGCUAAACCAGCCCCUGAGAAGAAAGAUAUUUUACAAUCUCUAUAUAAUAUCAUUGCCAUAUCAGAAGCUGAAGUCGUCAAAGAAAAAGUAAAACCAGCCCCUGUGAAAAAAGAGGCUGAAGUUAAAGAGAAAGUUAAACCAGCCUCUGAGAAGAAAGAGGCUGAAGUCAUCAAGGAGAAAGUUAAACCAGCUCCUGUAAAGAAAGAGUCUGAAGUUUCCAAAGGAAAGGCACUUGAACCAAAACCAAAAAGAGAGGCUGAAGUCAUCAAGGAGAAAGCUAAAACAGCCCCUGAGAAGAAAGAGGCUGAAGUCAUCAAAGAGAAAGUUAAACCAGCUCCUGCAAAGAAAGAGGCCGAAAUCUUCAAGAAGAAACCUAAGCCAGCUCUUGAGAAGAAAGAUAUUUUAGAAGAUGAAGUCAUCAAAAGGAAAGUUAAACCAGCUCCUGUAAAAAAAGAGCCUGAAGUUACUAAAGAAAAGGCCCCUGAACUGGCACCAAAAAAAGAGGCUGAAGUCGUCAAAGCUAAACCAGCCCCCGAGAAGAAAGAGGCUGAAAUCAUCAAGGAGAAAGUUAAACCAGCUCCUGUAAAGAAAGAGGCUGAAGUCAUCAAGGAGAAAGCUAAACCAGCCCCUGAGAAGAAAGAGGCUGAAGUCAUCAAGGAGAAAGUUAAGCGAGCUCCUGUAAAGAGAGAGCCUACAGUCGCUAAAGAAAAGGCACCAGCACCAGAACCAAAAAAAGAUGAUGUUGGUCUUAUCGGUCUGGAUGUGGAGCUCCUGAACUCCAUCAACCAAAAACUGUCUCUUCUGGAUUUAAUGAGGAAGGACAUUGGUGAAAUGAAGAGUGAUCUGGAGUCCACUCAAAAUCAAAUUACACUUUUACGGAUGGACAACAGAACAAUGAAAGAGCUGGAGACUGUCAGUGUGAAAGUAAAACCAGCGGUCUCCAAGGAAAAAGCAAAAAAAGAUCGUGAUGCUCUGAUGAACGUUACAAAGGCAGCACAUUUAAAAAAAGAAAGUGAUGCAUUGAAAAACGUCACUAAACCAGCACUUGCAAAGAAAGGUAUGUCAGAAAACUUCAGCAGAUCACCAGACAAAGAGGCUCCAAAAGCUAAGAUCAGACCAGAGCCCAAAAAGAAAGAACCUGAGCAUGUCAAAGAAAAAGUAGUCCAGCCAACUGAGAAGGAAGCUGUCAUAGACAAGGAAGUAAAAGGAGUAGAACCUGAUGUCACCAAAGAUAUUCCAGAGAUAGAGGAGGAGGACAUUCCCUACUUCCAGUGUUUCUUUGUGGAUGAGGAUGAUACUCAGUAUCCGUUCUUCCCCUUUUCACCGCCGCUGUGGUGAGUCCAGCCAAACCUCUGAGUCUGACGUUAAACAACAUGGCAAAGCCAGUGGAGGACAGACCUCUGAAGACUGAGGAACCUGCUAAUGUAAUGCAGCAUAGAGGUUCACAGUAGGUCCUACAGCAUUACAUCAACAACGACCUAGAAACGUGAAAGAGAUUUGAGUUACUUCCUGGAUUUCGAACUUCUUGGAAAACUUCUUUCUCGAAUUUUUAAAGUCAAGUCACCUUUAUUUAUAUAGCGCUUUUUACAACACAGAUUGUUUCAAAGCAGCUUUACAGUGAUUACAGGAAAAUAAUGCAACAAAGUUUGUUUCUAGAAGAACAGAGGUCGCAAACAUUGCAUUAAAUAUUAUCUUAAGGCUAUCCAUCUUUUAAUUGAUACCAUGGAUUUGCGUAUAGUUUGUCCAGACAGCACUGACAGGAAGUAAUGAACCAACUUUCUUCCUUUCUGAACACUACAGUGGGGUUCAGGAUACUAAGAUCAUACAAUCUUUUAUAUAUAAGGUACAUUACCUCAUUUUGAUGGGGUGCUAAUUCAAAGCAUUCCACUGUUUUCUGUCAGAAGGAAGGGAGGAAUAGGUCAAGAUAUAAUAGAUUAAGAAAUAUUUAAACAAAUAUUUCAUGUAUAUUUUCUUAGUAACAACGUUUACUAAACCGUUUACAGACGUAACAACUGCACUGAGAAAUAAGGGCUUUGGACAGUAAGCUCAGUUCCUCUGAAUGUAUAGAUAUUUAGAUUAUAUAGAUUUAUUUUUUAUUAUUUAUUUUUUAUUAUUUUUAGUUUUCCAUACAUUUUAUUUAAUAUAAUUUGCCAAUAAAUCAUACAUAGUUUGCCAAUUAAUCAUAUAAGUUUAUAAAUCUAUACUUCAGGCUCUAUGAAACAAAUGUUUUGUUCAGUGCUCUGUAUGAAGGAACACACUGGAUUUUGCAUAAAGAAAUGAAACCAAACAGUGGUGCUUAAUCCAGGAAAACGCAUUAAACAUCAAGGAAACUGCACUGUUUUAAUCCAAGCGAAUGUAUUUCUUUUUACAUUGCAAACGCUGCCGCAUUUUUCCACAGAACAUUAAUAGUUUAUGUAGGUGAAAAUGUGGGUGUUUUGCAAAAUUACAUGGAUAGACCUACCUAAUGAAAUGGAAUUCUAAU